AUGUAAGGCGCGGAGAAGACAAGAAUCAAUCUGUUUUCGGGAAUGACCGCCUAAUUCGCUACUAUACUACGGUUCAUAAUCGCAUUUCUACUUCUAUGUACCGGCAAACUUGUUGCUCCCUUGCGGUGUUGUUUAUACCUCGUUUUUUGUGCUCUAUGUUCUUUGGAAUCCUUUAACAUCGUCAACUGAUUGGAAAAAGCUAACUGCAAUGACUGAUACUCCAGUAGCCACUGAUAGUGUCAGUAACCCGAAAGUUAAUGUAGAAACGAAUAGCCCUCCAACUGGCUCUAAGUCAGGUGAAGAAAAUCCCGGUGCAGUGACUGAUACUGGCACUGAUGAUACCAUUAACUCGAAUGAUAUUCUCGAAACAAAUAGCUCUCCAAUUAGCUCUAAGUCGAAUGAAGAGAAUUCAACUACCAAGACUAAUACUGGCACUAAUGAUUCUAAUGCCUUGAAAGAAAAUACCGGAAGUCAAGGCCCUCCAAGUACCUCUAAUUUGGGUGAAGAUACUGUAAAAAAAAUUAGAUAUAGAUCGGGUCGCAGUGGAGGAGAUGGUAAAUUAGCUAGAGCAGCAGCAUUUAAAGUUACUAAAGAAGCAGAAAAGUUAAAAAAGAAAGAAGAACAGGAAAAGAAGAAAAAGAAGGAGGAAACGAAUAAGAGAGAAAAAUCACGAGAUAGAGAAAGAUCGAGAGACAGGAAUGCAAGAAGAGAUAGAAAAAGGUCUAGAAGCAAGAGCUCUAAAUCAAAACAAGAACAGGACCAAGCACGAUAUAAACCUAAAUAUUGGGAAAAUGGGAAAAAUAGAGGAGGAUAUCGAGGAAGCAGAGCAAAUGGAGGAAAUAGAAAUGAUAAAGAACAAAAAAAAAAUCAUUAUAGUUAAUAAGGGAGGAAACAUAUUUUGUUAAAAUUGUAUUUGAAAAUUCAAUUAGUUCAUAUUUUAAGGGGUUGGGUGGGUUUCAACUUUUUAUUUUUUUUAUUUUAUUAAAAAAUAGCUUAAUAUGGCUAGAAUACUGUCCCACAAUUCCAAAUCGAUUGGAGUUAAUAUUAUAAGAGAUACAGCCUUCGGAAUUUCUUGAAAAACUGGAAAAGUCCUUGAAUUAUUUUUACCUUAAAAACCUGAAAAAGUUCUUAAAUUUUGCAUCAGGUACUGGAAUUUUCAUAUUUCAUGUAAGAAUUUUUUUUCCCACCGCGUUUAGAAACACAAAAUUGUAACCUUUUUUUGAAUAUACUCUUAUGCAAAAUUCAGGCCUCAAAUUACACGAUUUUUUUGACUCUUUUCAAUGUAUGAGACUAUUUUUAACAUAAUUUAAUAAAAUGAGACAUUUCCGACUUUUUUAAAAUGUUUUUUAAAGAAAAUACGACUUUAUUAGAAUAAAAUUAAAAUCGUCCAAAAUUGAAUUAUUUAAAAAAAUAUUGAUCAGAAUUCUUCGCAAAAUUAAUUACAUAUUUAAUAAUUUUAAUCAUGUUCUCUAAAAAUUCCAAUAUUUAAAAUAUUUUCGAAUUGAAUGUCCUUUUAAA